AUGGAUGCCAAAAAUGGUCUUUUGGAUUCGUCAGAAGAUGAAGGUUAGUUUUAAACUUCAUGUUCAUAUUGAAGUCGCAUACAAGGGAGUCAGAUUAUGCUUCUGAUUGGAUUCAAUGCACUGUAGGGAGUCAGAUUAUGCUUCUGAUUGGAUUCAAUGCACUGUAUUGUCAAUUCGAUGAUGACUCGCCUAUCGUCAGGCGAACUGUCGAGGUUGCCAAAUAUACUGUACACGUAACUCUUCAGUCCUUAUUUUGAGUGACCCUCAAAAGUAAGAGGUGAUACAUUUAAGCUUAACUCAAUAUUUCUGUUGAAAAAGUGUUAAAGUGAGCUUAGUUUACGAAGCCAUGCAGUCCACUGUACUGUUUUGUUUUAAGUAUGAACAAAACCUUCAUCAUAAAAGAGUCUUUUCAAGUGUCACCUCGAUCUGGAUUGUAUUAAAUUGUGUGUCAAUUGGGAUGACAAAAAACAACAACACAGGACGAAUUUUGGUGUUUUUGAUAUAUUUAUUAUGAAUAGAUAUGCUGCUAAAUUAUUCCUGCACAUGUAUGUCUUUCAGCAUUUAUUGCCAUAGCAAAUGAGUUGUUGGACAAAUGCAAUCUUCCUGGUAGAGUCUCUAGACUGGAGGAAUGCAAUGAUAGCUUUUUUGUGGGAGUUCACAAAGGUCUACUUGGCGAUGACUUGCCUGGUAAGGUUUAAAAAAAAGGCACUCAGGAGGUGCGUGUGGGUAUAACUGCCCAAAAUCCUCUAUUGAGCCCCCUGGGGGGCUCUUUUAUUUCAAACACAUUUUUAGAGGGGGGCUUAAUAGAGAUGGGGGGCUAAUUAUUUGAGGAGGGGGGGGGCUUAUUUAAUUAGGCAAAGAUGGACCGUAUCAGUUCUCGAUUAAUUAUUGAAUUAGAGUGUAAAGUGGAAAAGUAUUUAGUACACAAAGUUGGACGUCAUGAAGUCGUGGUUCAAAAACAAAUCUGAAAUUCUAGCUAGUGAAUAAACCAUCCUGGGUCAGCCCACACGAAGUUUUACAGUCAUGAUUGAUACGGUGUAUCAUUUAGUAGUGAAUAAUAAUGAGGAGGGUGGGAGGGGGGGGCUUAUUAACUUUCUUCCUCUGAAAAGGGAGGGCUUAUUUGAGAGGGGGGCUAAAUAAGGGUUAUACGGUAAUUUUAAGAAACGAUGCUAUUACAGUCUCACCUCCUUAGUACUAGCACCAAAGACUUACAGACACAAUGGUGUCCAUAAUUAAAAAGUAUAGAAUGUAGAGCAUGUAAGAAGUAUAGCAAUUUUGGGGCCAAGAGAACUCUCUGUCAUAGAGAAAUGUAUUAUGGAGAGGUUUGACUGUGAAAUGGUUCAUUUUCCACCCAAAGUUAGAUUAGCUGUCACUAAAAUUCAUGCCAAAUGGAAAGUACUUAGAGCAAGAAACAAUAUUCUACUAUUACUGAAGAAAUUAUGUAAACAUAUCGAGUGCUAAAUGUUAUUCAAAAAUGUUAUUGCAUUUAGCUGAAUAUUUUUUUAAUACUAAUUUGUGCUAAUGUUGUCAUCUCAGGCAUAAUUGAGAAUCCCAUAACAAUUAAGCAGCACAUUAUUAACUGCCAAAUAGUAAUUGACUUGGUGGCCACAGACGUCCUUAAUGUGGACCUCUCACACAUUUCUGGGAAAGGCAUUGUUGAAGGUGAUAAAGUUUCCAUCCGAAACUUCCUUGAGAUUUUUGCUGGUUUACUUGAGUAUUUCAUGGAGUGUGUGGAUGAAUCAGAUGCAGGUAUGUCACUGAAGGAGUAUGUACAUCAAACAUCAACGUAAUAAUAAAGCUUAUACUCAGGCUGCAACAUAUAUAUUUCUAGAUAUAGGGAAAAGGAAAUACAUGUACUCAAACUUUUACCCAAAAUAUGUAUAAAUAACUACAAGUGUAUGCACAGUUGUUGUUUCAAGACACAUGAAAGUAGUCAGUAAAAAAAUUUUCAUCAAUGAUCUGGAAAUUAUUUCUUUACCAAUGUUUAUAAUUUACAGGUUCUAUUGAUGAACAGGACUCUAAUCUGUUGUCCUCUGAGCAUGAUGUGAUUUCUGGAGUGUUAAGAGAAGAGUUUGGUCCCUCCUAUCAAGCUCUCUAUGAACCAAGAUCUCAAACAACCAGGUUUAUUUAAUUUCGUACUAGAAUUAAUAAUUUAUUUUAUACAUGUAGUUGUGAAAGGUGGGAAGAGGAACUAUAGGUUUACCCAAGGGGGGAAAGGAAUGGAAAUUCAUUCAGGACAGAAGUAGCUACAUGUGUUAUUCCAAAAUCAAAAAUACUUGUAAAAUAAAUCUUUGCUGAGUGGUAAAAAACUACCUUCUUGUUUGAUUGUUUGUUUUUGUAAAUGUAAUACUUAAAGUAUGUCAUUUGUCAUUUUUUAAGACUCUCUUAAUGUCCAUUUUUAUGGGUGUAUAUGUUGGUCAACUUAUGGAAAAUUCUAUAAUCUAGUUUUUUUUGCAGUAGCUAUUAAAAUUAUUAUAUUUAAUGUGAUAAACAGGUUUAUACCUUGAAAGCCCUUAUCAAAAAGACUUUUCACUCUUCUAAAUUGACUUUACUGGCAAGUAAAGUUGUAGAAUCUUAAUAUUGAAAUAUUAUUUCAGUCUUUGUGUGUAAUACUUUUAAGUUAAAACUGUUGCUUUAUUCUUUUUAAGGCCAAACCAAUUCAUAGAUGAAGCCGGACAUCCAAGUGCAGAAGGUGGUCAAAAUUUCAGGGGUGACUUAUUAAGAAGACCACCACAUGGAGCUCCUGACCCUGCUUUGAUGAGAACCGGAAAUUCCACUGGCUUUGAAGCUGACACUUCAAAGGUAUGCUUCUUAACAUUCGUAUUAAAAAGAGUGAGUAAAUUUGGAACCCACUGACAGUCACUCCAGUGUAAAAAAAUAGGAAACAGUUUCAUUGUAAGUUGUCAUGUGACCUCAAAGCAGUGUGGUUCCAGGGUCCUAGCAGCACAUCCCCACCCAAAAAUUCCUAAAGUACCCCCCCCCCCAGGGUUGGUUGGGUGAGUAGAAGGAUGAUGAUGCAAACCCUAUUUUAUUGCCUGUCACCUUGUUGUUUCACCUUGCUGAAUUUCAUUGAAUGUCAAUAAACUAUAUGUAAGUUAUUUGUGUACCCUUGAUUUUGUACCUUCUUCACUAACCUGGGCUCCCUACAGUUUCAGAGCUCAGCCCUGUGCAAUACCUUUUGAAAAACCCUAGCUAGUAGCCAAAGCAGAAUUUGAGCCCAGGGUAACCAAGUGGAAAACCCCUAAACCACUUGGUGAUGUUGCCUAGUCACAAAAUAAAAUAAUGUAGUUCAUACUUAACAGUAUGUUGGGUGAACUUACAGGCAGCCACAGUGGUCUGAAUCUUGUUACUAGUAAGCUCAGAGGGAGUAUUUGGAUAGUGUAGCCCUCUCCUAACUUUGCUACUUAAUACUUUACCUCACCAGUUAAGCGACUCAAGGGACACUGUGAGUGAUUCAACAGGGGAACUGAUCAGGCUUGGGGAAACAAUCUCAGACAGAGUUUCAUCUAUGGGAACUGCAAGAAAAGAGACCAGGAACCCUCUUCCAGACUCAACAUCUAGCAGUUCUGCUUCAUCUCCUGUUGCUUCUCAGGAGCGGCACAAGUUUUUUCAAAGCGGUGAUGGUGAGGGCAGAAGCUCUGAGAAUGCUUCUCGAAGGCUGGCAACACUUAGGGAUAGUUCCCAUUCUCAGGGGACAGGAGCAUUAGGCAGUAGAUCUAGGUGGGAUUACAGGAUUAUUGAUUAAGUCUACAGUAAUAGUCACUGGGAAAAGGUUACUACUAAAUUUUUUAAUCUGAAGAAGCGAACUCUUUGUGAAGAGAGAAUAUGAGGGGGUGCCAUUUAUAGUUAUAGUUUAGUGGCUCAUAUGAAUUUGAGAAUUACUUUAAGGAGCUGGGGCCCGUUCCUCGAAAGUCCCGCUAACUUUUCGGGCCCAAAAUCAAAUAUUCAAAUCGAAAUAUAAGAAUAAGGGCGCGGGUCCUGGCUAGCAAACUACUCCAUUUUGUUUCAUUAGCUGAUAGUUUUAUCAUGUUAGAUGCAAGACUAUUGAAACCUGGAUCUUUAAUGUAAACAGAGACAGCUUACCGUGCCUGUUAACUAUCAGGACUUUCGAGAAACGGGCCCCAGGUUCUCUUGGACAAUUAGCCUGCAUAACAGGCAUUAUUGGGGGCACUCAGGCAGGUUUUGGUCAUGAGUGUAAAGUAUGAGAUAAAGAAGAGGAUCAGGGAAAAAGAGGUAAAUAAUAACAUGGUAUAAUAUACCGGUAAUAAUUAUUAUUUUCUCUUUCUCUUCUUCUGACAUGUUUCACGCUUUGUACCCUUGUCCCAAAACUAACCUGACUGCCUCCAAUAACACCUGUUAUACAGGCUAUCAGAGAGUAAUUUAUUGCUCAGUUUGCUUACACGUUGUCAGACCUCUCUCUUCACUGAAAUAUGAAAAUAAUAUAUUGUUCUUUCGUGUAAUAUGUUAGUUUAUUGGGAGCAACCUUUUGGUGGACCACCAACACAUCCUGGAUAUGAGGGUUUCGAUACUUAACCUUGGCUCCUGACCCACUUGGCUUACACUUUAUCUCCCUCUCUCCAUGUUUGCAUUUAGCUACACUGUACAAGUCAGUUUACUUGGACAAUUUUUGUAAAGAAUAAUCCCAUAACCUCAAAUCAAUCCAUCAAAAGGGAUUGUCAGUAUUUCAUGAUGUACAAGUACAAACUGUAUGCUUGAAGGCUGCUAAACUAACUACUAAAAAUAGUUUAUAAUGAUCAUAGUGUGUUAUUUUUAGGAGGCCUGAACCAUCUUUGCUCAGCCGAGAUGGCACAUCUAUGGAAGAUGAGCUGACACAAUACACUCUAACCCCUACAGUGAUUGGGGAUUCCUCGGGUGCUAAAGAUAAGGUAAAAACUGCAAUGAAAUUUAUAAAUUAAGUCUUUUGAAAUUCUUUUGUAACAUUGAUCAUGUUUAAAUAAAGGAUAUUCAUUCAAUCAUUCAGCAAUGAAGAUAACAAUAUUGUAAUUGUACAGUUCAUAGAAUUAUACAAGUAUCACGCUUGACCCUAGUUCUCAAUGAAGUUUGUGGAGUCACCUCUUAAAUGUAAUUAAUACAAUGACUAAACUUGAUAAAAUAAUUAUUACUUUUUUGUCAUAAUUAUGAUGUUUUUAGUCAGAUCAUCGUUCACCCGAAAACCAAGACAAGCCUUUAUCCAGCUUUCUGUCUGCAUCCUCGUCAUCUGCAGCAUGGCCUGAACAGAUAUCCCCUUUAGAACCCACAAAAGACUCUUCUAGUGGAGCAGCAGGUGGGUUUGAUGCACUGGGUCUCCGUCCAAGAGAGCGACCAGCCAAGACUGUAGUCACAGACAGUGGGUCGCAGGAUGGCAGUGAUCAAUCAGCUCCUGUGUAUCAUCAUUAUCAUCAUCAUUUUCACCACACACAGCCUCAUGGUAGAGUGCCGUCAGGUAAUACUGAAAAUAAUACUGUAAUAGUAAUACUGCAAGUCAAGGAAAAGAAUGUUUCUCAUCCCCGCCAGCCUCAUUUUGGGCGGCCGCCUCUCUUAUUUUUUUAUUUGUUAUUGGAAAAGUUGGAACGAGAAAAAACCUACAGGCAUUAAUUACUUUAAACAUCAACAAUUUUACAAUCCUGUGUAAAAGGCCUUUCUUUCCAAAAAACGAAGCAUAAAUAUUAAAUACUGAGUCCUACUGACGUUUUUUAUGAACCCUACCUCUUGAAAUAUAUCAUAUGACUUACCACAUUGUUUAAAACAUGCAUCAACCAAAUUUGUGUUGAAUCAAUAACUGACGUUUCAUUUAUUAAUAUUUGACCGAAGAACUCUUACUUUUCCAUGGGGUAGGGUAAUAAUUUGAAAAAAAAGCAUUGAAUUGGCAAUAAUAAAAAUGUUGAAAAUAACAAAAAAGCGCCCACCCACUAUUAUUUUUAUGGAAAUCCGGACGAGAAACAUUUGCUUUUUUUACUUGGCGUAAUAGUAAAUGUACUAGGUCAAAAUGAAGUUUGUGGUCAUAGAUAAGCGUAAUUAGGGCUAGGAAACAAAGGAAAGUGAGAAACAAGCAAGAUUGAAAUCAUUUUUUCCCUGAAUUUCAUUUUGACCUACAACAGUCAGGGAUGUCUGUAAGGCCGGGUACUAGGGAUUUCCUCUGGUUACUAUGUCGGAGCAUUUCUCUCGGCUACUUCAGCUACUUUUAUAACCUAAAGAAAUCAUCAGUCUAAUGAAAAAGAAAGAAAACGCUGACUCAUAAUCUUAUAGAACAAAACUUCUCUGAGCCAAUGUAAACUAAAUGCUAGGCAGACAAUUUUUUCAAUGACCGAUAACCGUAAUACUUCUAGUGGGGCGCUUAAAAAGAGUUAGAAAACAUAAAAGCACGUUUAAUAAGCUUCAGUAAAAAUGACUCCUCUUUUUUGCGAAAAAGAUAGUGUCUUGAGAUAAAAUUUUUUCUCCGUAAUUAUAUUUAUACAACUUCGUUUUUGCUUUUUUGUUGUCUUUGGUUUCGUUAUUUUCUUAGUUUUCUAAAACGCCGUAAAGGUGACGUUACACGAGACGAUUCGCAACGACAAUUUUUAGCGCAACACAGCGUUGCAACGUUGUUGCCACAUUGUUUCGAAUGGUUACAACAUUGUUCCAACAUUGCAACGCUGUGUUGCACUUAAAAUCGUCGUUGCGAAUCGUCCCUUGUAACAUCACCUUAAGGCAUGCGGUUUCUUGCCGAAAAAACGCUCACAAUGCGUUUUCCCGCCAAAAACGCAGCAUGCACAUGUGACAUUUCACAUUUGAUUACAUGUAGGAUGUUCCCAGUUUCAAAAACCCUCGCUUCCAAAAUGAGGCUUUCCACGGGGUCCAAAACUUUUAUGUCAAUGUUACUGAUUUGCAUAAAAAUGCCUUCAAAGAUUUGGCAUUCACCCUUGUUUUAAGGUGAUCUUAAUACACAGAACGAUUCGCAAGGACGAGUUUUAGCGCAACACAGUUUUACGACAACUGUUUCGAAUGGUUGCAACAUUGCUCCAACAUUGUAACGAUGUGUUGCGCUAAAUAUUGUCGUUGCGAAUCACGUUUCGUGUGUUAAACAUCACCUUUAAGAAAGAGGCUUGCGGUAACUCAUGCUGUUUGCGAAGUCUAGGCGUCCAUACAAACGGGACCCUUGGAUAAAUAUAGCUAAAUUAUUAAAUGUCUCCAAUGAGCAGGCAAAGAGGUUUACAGAAGGUAAGAGUGGUUUCGCUGCGCUGGUCGACUGUGUAGUCGCGAGUGCAACUCCAUGGUAACAGUUGUACCGUCUGGAGGAUUUUAACUGUACUAUACUGUACUCUGUCGUUCAAAUUUGUUGCUCAACAAACAGUGUGAGAUGUUGGAGCUUGUUGGAAGAGUAAAAAUGAAAACCGGCAACGUCGAUGAUGAGUAAUACCCAAACAUGUCCAACGGAAUAGCACCUUGCUCAACAAGUGACUUGAUCUUCACAGAUUUCUUGCGAAAAUGAGUGUUGAAAGCAAAACGUGAUUUUCCAUUUAAAGAUGUCACAUGUACUCUCGUUUUGAGAACGAGGCUUGGAGCAACUCGGAACUCGCUCACAUUUUCGGGCACGGAAAGUGUUUCUGUCGUCCAUUGUUUUGCGUUCCUUGGGAGUUUUAGUACAAAAUAGGCCGACAUACUUCAAAUUUUUCCAUUUGAAAUUUAUGAAAAGUCACACUUUUGCAAAUGAACUUGGUGCGCUUAAAAAUAGUUUUUUUUUUGAUGUACCAAAAUGCUUUUGAGAGUUUUGAGAAACGCUCUCCAGGCCUUUUUAGCACUUAAUUACUAGAAGUACGCAGCCAGCAAAUCUGAUGGGGAAGAAAAGGGUCAUAUUAAAAAUGAUUUACUGUUUUUAUUACCUGUAUUGAAUAGAAUUUCAGUCUUCGGCUGAGGUAAGCGCAGCAGCCACAUUUGGUGUGGCAGUUCCAACAAGUCAUCUAUCAAGGUCAGAACCAAUAGCAACAAGACCUUUAGGUGGAGUUACUUCUGCACAGGCCGACGACCUGAUCCGGACUGCUCCCGCGGAUCUUGCCAACCAACACACAGGUAGAGUUAUUUGUUGAUAUAUUAGAUAUGAGUCAAGGUUGAACUCCAAGAAAUUGGGUGUCCUGUCUUCAUAUGCCUGUGCUACAUUACCUGUGAAGAGAGAUUUCAUAGUGUGCUAGAAAGGGGGAAGGUAUAGCGUGUAUAGAUUUGAAUUUAAGUGUAAGCUAUUAACUCUAAUGGAGGAAGCCUAUUGAGUAAAAAGCCUAGUGGUUUCUAUCGGGCUUCCUCACCACUAGGUUUUUGAAGACGUGCUGUAUAUAACUUAACUCAAUAAACUUGAAACUACAUUGUGCUCAACCAGAUAUGACGCCACCGUUACUUCUUGCUGUACAGAUUUAAUGAGGCCAGGAUUUUUAAAGAAGGCUAAUAGUUCGUUUUCUCUGUAGAAGCUGCAUAUCCAAGAAGCACUGCUGUGUCAAGGACCGACUUUACUCACCCUUCCCCUGCUGUAGUUACUGCAUCAAGUACUGGGGUGACUGUUUCAAGUACAGACCUUACUCGCCCCACCACUGCUGGGUUGUCUGUGUCAAGGGCAGAAAUUGCUCGCCCUCCCCAUGCCGGGUUGGCUGUGUCAAGCACAGACUUUACUCGACCUCCUCCUGCUGGGGUGACAGGAACCACGUCAACCUUGACUGAUUCAGUGUUUUUAUCAGAGUCUGGAUCAUCACGUAAGGCCUUUGACCGCAUUCUUUUAGUGAUCUAGAUUGUAUUUAGUGAUCGCAAAAGAAAAACAUACACAAUCAAAUUUCUGUUAUCGACUACUCUCGUAAGCGACCAGCUCUAGUUAGGACCACCUUUGUGAAACCCAAUUUGAACUGACUUAAACUUUGUAAUGAAAGAUCUCGUAAGCGACCGCGACCACUUUUGGGAUUACCUAACUUGACUUUUCCUUUGUUUUUAUGCUCUCGUAAGCGACCACUCAGAGUCUUAUUCAUAUAUAAAUCAACACGUUAAUGAAACUGCGCACUGCGCUAAUGGUUCGUUGAUAAAGAUCUUGUACAGUGCAGCAUGGUAUUUGUAAAAGUUUAAGGUCAUUUCUGUAUCGAGCACUUUAGCCUGCGUAGCAACGACCUCUCACAGAAUUAUUAAUGAGUUUCUGAAGCUCUCGCAAGCGACCACCCUCUAUUAUUUUGCCAUACGGUCACCUCGUAAGCGACCAGCUCUAGUUACGACAACUUUUUCGAAUCUCCGAGGUGGUCGCUUACGAGGGCUUCGACUGUAUCUAAAUAAAUAAAGAAGGUCUUUAUAAUUUUCAUUGAAAGAGGAAAGAAAAUGGGUAUUAAAUUUCUGAUAUAUCUUUUAGGUCCUCCUUUUGUCAGACCAGCCACGGCUGGGAUGACUAGUGAAAGCUUUGUUGGCACAGAUUCGUUAAGAGACAGACUAGGAAGGUCACUGAUAACAACAACAGCUCCCUCUAUUGCAGGUGAAAAACGAUAUUUCUAGUUACUGCAACAGCGCUGUCUAUUACAGGUAAACUACAGUGGAACCUCUAUACAACCAAGUCCUCUGUACAACGAACGGUAUUUUUCGCCCCAGUAAUGGUAAACUACUUGGAAAAGUACCUCGAUAUGACGAAACCUCGUUUUAGCGAACGUAUUUUUCCAGUCCCUUGGCCCCUCUUUAUAUCGAGGUUCUAUUGUACAACGAUAAUCUUAGAAAAUAUUAAGUUUAAGAUUUUAAUACUCGGCGGAAAUUUGGGAAUCUAUUGCAAAUAGAGUCAAAUGCAAACUUUCAAGUCGCAAUUUCAGUAGACUGCAAAACAGUCGGUUUUUUUCUCAAAAUCAGUAAAGAAAUCGGUAAAGCGUGGCGUAAGAGUCUUACGCGCGCGAAGCGCGCGAGCCUCACACGCCCGUCGGGUGUGUGAGGCGAGAGAAAAUUGAAAAACUGAAAAACGAAUUGAACGAAUUGAAAAAUUGAAAAACUGCAAAACGUCUCUCCCCAGUCUCGCUCUCUGUUUUCAGCCUCAUUCCAGACCUUUUGUUUGACUGCUCGCGCGUACUUGAAUACGCAAAAAUACGGACUGUUUUGCAGUCUACAAUUUCAGCUCUAUGAUUUUUUUUGCCAAAAUCCUUUUAUCUCGUAUCCCGAAUUAGGAAUCGUAUCUCGAAGCGAGGGGCAUCCUUGCAUAUAAAAACUUGCACCUUGUAAAGUAGCCUUUUAAUCUUACCUGUUACCAUCGUCCCCGAACAACCCCUAUUCUGAGGAAAAAUUACUUGAAGUUUUGACUGACUGGCUGGAGAAGAAUACUCUCUCGAAACACGCGAAAAGUGGUUGAAAAAAUUGUGGUUUCGGUAAAUUAAAGAAGAAAUGAUACCUAUACAUUUCCGCUAAGUAACUUAUUUGACGCGACGAGGUAGAGUCCGUGGGGGGAGGGGAAUUGUCUCUGUGCUCCGUGAGUAGUGGGGGGGAUAGACCACCAAGUAAGAAACCAGUUGUAAAUCGGGGAGGGGGUGGUUUGUGCCCAGGGUUACAUUAACAGCUUAAAUUGAACUAUGAAUUAUAAGGAGCAAUUUAAUAGCAUCUCUCUAUUGGAACUUAAGUGUUGAAAUUCUUAUUUACAAUACAAUACAAUACAAUGUUCUUUAUUUUGAGAGGGUAGAUACAUGAUUAACCCAGUAAAGAGUUUUCUAACACAUGGCCCUCUGUAAUACAGAAAGAAACAUAUACAAAUAAAUUUCAAAAAUACACACAUACAAUAAUUAAUUGAAUGUAACAUUUACAAUGAAAUUAAAAUUUACACAAUAUAAAAGUUUAAUUAACAUUAUUUAGGUUCUUCUUUGCCCGUGUCCUCGACAAUGCCAUCCACAAGUUACAGACCUCGCGGUACACUUGAGAGGAGUUUAGACGCGCGAGCAGCAGUACUGCAGCAAGCUGACAAGUUAGUGGACAGGCUGAACAAUAUAAGGAGAGGACAGGUAUGUUUAGUUCAUGUCUGCAAGACGGCCUUCAUUGGGUAUCCGGUCACCUCGUCACCAAAUCAUCUCGCCACCAAGAAAUACGUAUCUCAUUGACAAGAGGAGCCCGCAAACCUAAUCCCCAGGGUGUUAUUACGCAUGCGUCGCAUUUAUGUAGCCAGCGUUCAUUUGGACUUCCGUUAAGAAUGAAUGGAAUGCAUAUAACGCAAUUUGAUCACGCGCGUUUGGACCUUCUAUUACUCGUAAUCUGAUCACGCGUGUUUUUGAUCAUCUGUCACGUGAAACAUACGCAAAGUACAGCAUUGGAGCAAAAGCGUUUUGACCUUCGAUCGUUGUGGCCUGCACUCCUUAAAAGAAGAUUCCUUCCCUUCAAUUUUAUUAUGAAAUUUAAGAGCUGGUCAGGAAAGUAAGGAUCCUUAGGUAAUCUGGGAACGACCGCAUCGUAAUCCCUGGUAAAUGCGCGAGUCUCGCGUUCAUCGAACCUAUUCUCACUAUUUAGAGUAGUAAGAGCUUGAGAAGUUCUUGCCUGGUCCCUAGGCCUCAUUAUUGCGCGCGGCCGAUGCGUUUCGGGUCACGUGGUCCGAGCGAGUUGUUCGUCUCGGAUACGUCACCGAAAUGCAUUGACCGAGAAGGCCUGGGAAGGCGCCGUACAGAGACUAGGAAAGAGAAGUUCGACGUAAAGAUCGUCAAUUACGAUCGACAGAUUAUAUUUGUAUUUGGGCUUGACGAAUAAGUAAAAAUUCUAGGUAAGUAAACUGUGUCAAUUAUUGCAGAAUUAUUACGUGGUGGCGAGUAGACUUCUUGAAGGCGAUUUCGUUCAGUGGUGGGGAGGUGACCGUAAACCCCUUCACUGUGUUCUCGACCGUUAACCUUAUAGCCACACUUUCUGCAACCAAACAAAAUACGCCAAAGAGGAUCAUGAUACGUUUCUGGGAAACUGCCCACCUACCCCUCCCCUAAGCUAACAUUAACACUUGCUUCUCACUUAGGGCAAAAUGUUGCCUAGGGGAGCCGUAGGUGAGCAGUUUCCCAGAAACGUAUUCUUCGCCUCAUUUGUGAAAAAGUAGGCUCAUUUAGCAACAGAACGGGAACGUCAUUUGACGACGGGAAAGCGCGCGGUAAGGACUAAACUCGACUUCCGGUGCCUAAUUUGCCGCUCUGCCAUUGGUCAAGCCAGUUGUUUGAUUUACGCGCUCCGUCGUCAACUUACGUUCCCCUUCUGUUGCUAAAUCAGCCUAGUGUAUGACAAAGGACCCGACAAAACGUACGCCCAGUUUUCGAACACACUUUGUCAGUCCCUCGACGCUUCUUUAUAUCUGUUUUGUGUUCAAACUGUGACAUAAACGUUGAUAUAUUAUAUUACUAUGUUCCGAGCUUGAUUUUGACGUACGUGUGACGUAGGAAGACACGUAGAUUGUUAUCUACUCCCAGUUACCUUGUUUCAUCGUUCUUAGUACCAACGUUACCAAACCGAUAAUGGUCUUUUUACAGCCAUUAGCAUCAACUUACCCAGGCAGAGCGACAGCUGAUUCUGUGCAGGCAAGGAUCACAGAUCUUGAGCCUUCAGAUGUAACCCGUAGUUCAGCAGCUGAAGGACGCCUUGCAAAGUUCCCCAGACCGGAAGCGGAUGACAGCGGAAGUGAAAGUGACAGGGAACUCGAUGAUGAGGAGCUAGCCCAGAACAGUGACAGUGCAGUUGGUAAGCUAGCCUUAGAAAACAGCCCAAAUUUCGCGACGCUACCACUGGUUUCCCAGCGAAAUGACGUCUGCGAAACGACUGCAGAAAUUCCAUACUGAUGACGUAUCACUACCCAGUUCUGGGUACUGCUUCUGAUUGGUCGUGCCGCGAGGAAAUUUAGUUCAACCUGCAAGCCAAAAAAAUACAUCCAAUUAUUAGCCCCUUGGAUACCCCCCCUCCCCUCCCCCGCUUCUGAAUUCGAUUUAUUGUGACGUUUUUAAGCUUAAUUAAAAAAAAAACAGUUAUAACCAAACGUAUUUAAAUCAACACUGCUAUAACUUGUUUCGAAGCGCUUUUUUUAUUUCGGUUAUAAGCCACCUCGGAUAUAAGCUCCUCGGUUUAUAUGCCCUACUAAAACCCCUUACGAAGAUUAUAAGCAGCAGUUCACCAUACUCAACCUAUUAAAUCAAGAUGGAAGACAAUAGUAAUUGCAAACGCAAGUGUCUUGAUCUUCACAGAUUAUGGAAGAAGAGCACCUAGUGCCGCUGCAGGGGUGACAAAAAAGAUGUCCACAUCUCGGCCAGGACGUCGCAGUGGAAGAAGCAGGAAGUCUCCAAGGAUACCGUCACCUCGAGGAUACAAAGGUAUAAGGCUUGUUACGCGAGAUGACGUAGUCAGGCAGCGUCAUAAAUUCGGAAGCGCAUUCCUUUCGCAUUUUUCUUGGGAGUCAAAAAUUACCUUUUUUUUUUUUAACUUUCCCGUAUCCGGUGCCCGUCACAAAAAAUGUGUGAUUUUUAUUUUAACUUCGAAUCACGUGCAAGUGUGGUUGGAUUGCACAAGCACAAAAAAGAUACUGCGUCAGCAAAGGAGGGAAAAGUAAGCUUACUGCGUAGAGGAGGACAAAGCCAAGGCUGUGCUCUAACUUUUUAAUAUUGUGCAGGUCACCGACCCGGGCGACAUGCUGGUGUUGGUUUCUUGAUUUAAAGUCAAAAACCUAUAAUUUAUUACUUACGACUUCGUAGCUCGCUCGGCCGCUUUGCGACCUAAAAAGAACGUUCCGCUCGCUAAGAAACUCUUGAGGUCAGCUUGUAUGCAGCACGUCUAUCAAAAAGCUUUUUAAAAGAAAAUGUUGUUACAUGUAAGCGCGCGAUGAACGUGACAAGCUGCACAUUUUUCGAUUUUAACAGCUUUCCAAAAUAGCAUUAAAAUUUUUUAUUCAAAUUAGGAUGGCUCACUAGUUAGUUUUUCAAAAGAAAUUGUUACUUCUGCACUGACAGGCGCAAAAUACGGUCGGCGACGCGAAGCAAAAGUUUUGUUUUUUAAAAAAUCUCUGAAUAAACACGGGAGUCGCCUCAGUUUCACGAUAAUCAAAUAUUUUUGCCUCUUUUUUACUGCUGAGCCUGCGAGGCUAAAACAAAUUUUUAUUUAGAUUUUUAUUCCAGGAAAAUACGAUGUACAAAAAAAGAAAAGAUACUAGUAUUAUUGUGAUUGUUUUAGAAAAAGGUGUGUAAAUCUAUAAAGUCCCGUAUGUCUUUGGUGUCGUGUCGUUACUUAUCACGUACUAAAAAUAAAAACGUAAAAGCUAAAUUUAGCACUCAAAUAGAGCUAGCAGGCUAUCGAAUCCACAAAAAGCUCAUUUCUCUUGAAAAUUUCGCCGAUAAUCUAAAACUGCGACUUUCCAACAAGAUGAUCUAUUCAAAAGAGAGAAUAAUUGGGGCAGCCGAGGUUUCGUUGAAAUUUAUAGCACCUUUCCCGUAAAGCUUCACGGGAUCUUGGUCAUUUCUCUUAAGCGAAUUUUCUUUUCAACCUAAAUGAUUAGUAAAAAGAACAGUGUCCUUAUUUUUGACCCAAAAAUUUUUAUAAAAAUUACAUAAACAGACAACAAUCUUGUGUCCCAAGUGUUCAAUGUGUUCCCUGUGCCCCUUUCUGUUCGUUUUGUCCCCUGAGGUUCCAAGGUGUUCCCUGUGUCCCUUUGUGUCCCCUGUACCCCUGUGUGCCCCUGUUACUCUGUGUUAACUUUUAUUAGCCUGUCUUCCCCUAUGUUACUCUGUGUUACCCUUUGUCACCCUGUGUUACCCUUUCUUCCCCUUUCUUCCCCUGUCUUCCCUGUGUUACCCUUUGUUACCCUUUCUUCCCCUGUGUUACCCUUUGUUCCCCUGUAAUACCCUUUGUUCCCCUUUGUUACCCUUCUUUACCCUGUGUUACCCUUUGCUACCCUGUGUUACCCUUUGUUACCCUUUGUUACCCUGUGUUACCCUUUGUUAUCCUUUGUUACCCAUUGUUCCCUGUGUUCCCCUGUUUUACCGUCUGUUACCAUUUGUUACCCUUUGUUUCCCUGUUACCCCGUCUUACCCUUUGUUACCCUGUGUUACCCUUUGUUACCCUGUGUUACCCUUUGUUACCCUUUGUUACCCUGUGUUCCCCUUUGUUGCCCUGUGUUACCCUGUGUUAUCCUCUGUUCCCCUUUGUUAUCCUGUUACCCUUUGUUACCCUGUGUUAUCCUCUGUUCCCCUUUGUUAUCCUAUUACCCUUUGUUGCCCUGUGUUACCCUUUGUUACCCUGUGUUACCUUGUGUUCCCCUUUGUUGUCCUGUGUUACCCUGUGUUAUCCUUUGUUCCCCUUUGUUAUCCUGUUGCCCUGUGUUAUCCUCUGUUACCCUUUGUUAUCCUGUUACCCUUUGUUGCCCUGUGUUACCCUUUGUUGCCCUGUGUUACGCUUUGUUACCCUUUGUUACCCUUUGUUACCCUGUGUUACCCUGUGUUACCCUUUGUUACCCUCUGUUACCCUGUGUUACCCUCUGUUCCCCUUUGUUAUCCUGUUACCCUGUGUUACCCUUGGUUACUUGGUAUUACCCUUUGUUACCCUGUGUUCCCUUUUGUUACCCUGUGUUACCUUUUGUUACGCUCUGUUACCCUUUGUUACCCUUUGUUACCGUGUAUUGCCCUGUGUUCCCCUUUGAUACCCUUUGUUACCCUGUGUUACCCUGUGUUACCCUUUGUUACCCUGUGUUGCCCUUUGUUACUUGGUAUUACCCUUUGUUACCCUGUGUUACCUUUUGUUACCCUCUCUUACCUUCUGUUACCCUUUGUUCCCCUUUGUUACCCUCUGUUACCCUUUGUUUUAAUACCCUGUGUUACCCUGUGUUACCCUCUGUUACCUUUUGUUACCCUCUGUUACCUUUUGUUACCCUCUCUUACCUUCUGUUACCCUUUGUUCCCCUUUGUUACCCUCUGUUACCCUUUGUUACCCUGUGUUACCUUGUGUUACCCUUUGUUACCCUCUGUUCCCCUUUCUUACCGUAUGUUACCCUGUGUUACCCUGUAUUACCCUGUGUUCCCCUCUGUUACUCUUUCUUACCCUGUGUUACCCUUUGUUCCCCUUUUGUUACCCUGUGUUACCCUCUGUUACCCUUUGUUACCUUGUGUUACCCUUUGUUACCUUGUGUUACCCUUUGCUACCCUGUGUUACCCUUUCUUACCUUCUUUUACCCUCUGUUACCCUUUGUUACCCUGUGUUACCAUUUGUUCCCCUUUGAUACCCUUUUGUUACCGUCUGUUACCCUGUGUUACCCUUUGUUACCUUGUGUUACCCUUUGUUACCCUGUGUUUCCCUUUCUUACCUUCUGUUACCCUCUGUUAUUCUUUGUUACCCUGUGUUACCCUCUGUUACCUUCUGUUACCCUUUGUUACUCUCUGUUACCCUUUUUUACCCUUUGUUACUUGGUAUUACCCUUUGUUACCCUGUGUUACCCUUUCUUCCCCUGUGUUACCCUGUGUUAGCCUGAGUUACCCUUUGUUACCCUGUGUUACUCUGUGUUCCCUUUUUUUUACCCUUUGUUACUCUGUGUUACUCUUUGUUAGCCUGUGUUCCGCUGUGUUACUCUGUUUUUCCUUGGGUACCCGUGUGUUACCGUUUGUUACCCUGUGUUACCCUUUGUUACCCUGUGUUAGUCUCUGGUAUCUUCUGUGACCCUUGUGUUACCCUUUGUUACCCUGUGUUAUCCAUUGUUCCCCUGUGUUAACCUUUUGUUACCCUUUGUUACCCUCUGUUACCGUUUGUUACCCUUAGUUACCUUGUGUUACCCUUUGUUACCCUGGGUUAGUCCAUGUUUGCCUGGUUACCCUGUUUUAUACUUUGUUACCCUUUGUUGCCUGGUGUUACCCUAUGUUACCCCGUGUUUCCCUGUGGGACCCUUUGUUACCAUUUGUUACCCUGUGUUACCCUUGGUUACUCUGUGUUCCCCUGUGUUACCUGGCUAUUUCCUGUUUUUCCCUUUUUUAUCGUUUGUUACCCUGUGUUAUCCUGCGUUACCCUCUGUUACCCCUUGUUACCCUGUGUUACCCUUGUUUACCCUGUGUUACGCUGUGCCUCAUUUUGUUACUGUGUGUUAUUCCGUGUUCUCCUUUGUUUCCUUGUUUCCUCUUCUGUCCCUUUGUCCCCUUGUGUCCUCUGUGUCCCCUGGUGUCCCGUAUGUCCUUUGUGUUUCUUUUGUCCCCCAGUGUUUCCUGUGUUUCUUGUAUUCCCUGUGUCCCCCUGUGUUCCACUUUGUGCCGUGUGUCCUUUUGUGUCCCCUGUUUCCCCUUUUGUCCCCCUGUGUCCCUUAUGUCCCUUGUGUUUUCUUUGUCCCGUAUGUCACCUGUGUUCCCUCUGUCCGUUAUGUUCCCCUGUGUUCCAUUUGUUUCCUUGUGUUCCCUGUGUCCCUCUGUUUUUUGUGUCCUCUUGUGUCUUCCUUUGUCAUUUUGAUUAAAGAAUUUCAAGGGAUGGUGUAUGGAAUAUUGUUCUAAUUUGGACUAAUUAUGUGAAGAUGUACACCUGAUAAAGUUGAGUUUCAACAUUCCUUUUUUUUUGGAAAACGGCCAUUAUGUUUCAUAUACGAGUUGGUAACGAUUCACUCCUGGUAGAUUGCAAGCAGUUUUUCAAGAAUCUUAACCAGUGAUCUUUCCUUGCAUUUGGUACCCAUUAUUUUAUUCCUACUCCCCAAUAUCUCACCUUUUUUUAUUUCAAUCAGAUUCUGAAUCAAAAGACGAGGAUUCUUCUCCCGAACGCCCCGCCCGCCGCGGCGUAACGUUUCGUGACACGGUAGAAACCUUUCCUGUUUCUGGAAGAAUGGAUCGUCUGAGACGCCUGCUGUAUGAGGAAGCUGAGGAACAGCGGAAACAACACACUAAAGUCAUGCGCCAGACGUACCGUGACCAGUUAAAAGAAAUACAACAGGAACAAGAAAGAGAGAAGGCUCUCCAGCAAAAACGAAAAAUGGCGGUGAGUACCAUACACUUAAUUUGAUAGGCUGUUCACAGACGUUUUUCUUUCUUUUCUUUUUUUGGCAACCUUUUCCCACCCCCACCCCCAUGCUCUUAUGUUAAGUCAUUAACAUUCUACACUAACACGUCCUUUUCACUUUUGGCAAAUUGUUGGCUUAGGGGAGGGGUAGGUGGGCAGUUUCCCAGAAAUCUUAAUAGAUAAUUAUCUUCUAUAGCUGCCUUCCAAUGUCCCAAAGAAAAGGCCAAAGAAGAAGAGUCCAGUGAAAAAACGGGGCAGGCUGGAGGCUGUUUAUCGGUCCCAGGUCAGGAAAUCCCGGCCGGUGAGAAGGCCUGAAGUUACAGCCAGAGGAAGAAAGAGAAGUGCCUCGGCCAGUCCCGUCUUAACGAGAGGAAGAAGUGGCAGUCCAGGUUAGUGGAGUAAGUUGGUUGUCAGACUUAGGACUUUAAUUUGAAUGGUAGUUUAAUAUUACAUCGUUGAAAACUGGCUGUUCAGCCCAAUCAUACUGUACGUUUGGCAGUGUUUUGGUAGGAAUCAAAAUUUUUACGGCAAACGUUUAGCAUCCUGUUUGAACGUUUCUUAAUUCUUCUUCUUCUUCUUCUUCUUCUUCUUCUUCUUCUUAUUAUUAUUAUUAUUAUUAUUAUUAUUAUUACUAUUGAAACAUUAAGUCGAGCUUUCCACCGACUUUUAACAAACAUCAGGAUAACAAUAUGCAAUUUAAGCAUUUAGCUAUUUAAAAAUAGCUGAAUGCUUUUAGCUAUUUUUACAUACGAUGAGAUGACAUUAAGCAUAUUUAAAAAUGCUUAAUGUUAUAGUUUUGUUUCUAGAUCACCCAGAUUUAUUACUCCCUGCCAUGUUAGAGGAGUUUCCCUUCCUACACGUGUCGCCCCAGACCGCACACAGCAUGUGGCAGAAACAGACGCGGCAUCUAAGCUCUGCUCUUAAAUCUGGCACCGAAGCGAGGCGAACUAAGACUCAAAGAAUGAUCGAGGAAGCUGAACGGCGACAGGAGGCCCUCGUGGGAAUACUAAAGAAAGAUCUGGAGCAUAAUCUUAGAAUGGUGAGCUUUUACUGUGUAGUUUACACAUAUCAUUGCGCAAUAUCUUUGAACGGGCGAAAUUUAACUAGAAUAUUACGCAAGUACCAGAAUCAGAAUCAGAAACUUUUUGCAUUGCUCCUAUUUUAGAUAGCUUUAAAACGAAUUUAACAUUAUUUUUUUUAAAGUUAUGUUUGCAUUUUUGCAUUACUAAACCCCCCCCCCACCCCCACCACCAACACACAACUUACACACUCCCAGAUCCGUCGGACGUUUGCGCGUUUUGUGUACAUAUUUUCCCAUUUUAAUUUGAAAAUGGUUUCACUUUACCUUUCUUUUGUCGCACGUUAGUGCCAGACUUGAUGCACUACGUUUGGCGCUUUUUUUUCAUUUUACAAGGCGCCAACUCCCUGUAUUUUGCUGGUGCUUAGAAUUCCCCAUAACUACCCCUUAUUCUCGCACGAAGGUUUUCUAUCAUUAAAUUCCUGUCUAGUUUUAUAGCGCAACCUUUUGUGCUAAGUAUAGAAAGGAACAGGGUGUGACGUCAGGUUACCAUGGUAGCAAGACGGCCGUUUGCAUUGUCGAACGAUAGUAUGGGCUACCGUUCUGUUUCUGGAGUACAAUCAUGCACAGGAAAGACACGUGUCAAUUUUUUCGUUUUUCUGCCAUAUUUGCAAGACCACGGUUUGUUAAGAUGCAUAAAUUUCGCUACCAUGGCAACGUGACGUAACAAUUUUUCCUCUCUAUUGUUACUGCGUGUCACUCCGUUAUUCUCCUCCAUUUUUUUUCAGCGAGAAAAGCAGGAGAGGCAGCAACAGCAGCGCACAGUCAAAAGCAAACUGAGAGAAAAACGACAAAUCUCUGCGCGUGCGCGACGCUACUAUGAUGAAUACGAAGUACGCAUGCGCGCUAGGAUGUUGAAAAGACGCACACGGGAGGAGCAGGUCAGGAAAAUUAAAAUUUUCGCUUUUCACCUGCUGAAAUGAAACUAAAGGUGGAUUUGGAAGUAAUUUUGCGGAUUUUAUUCUUCUCAGAUCUUCAAGAAGUUGUUCGAUGAUGGUUUGGAUAUUCAGAAACAGCGUAUAAGGGAACUGAGAGAAUACGCUAAGGAAAAGAGAGAAGCUCUCGCUCAAAGGCAGCAAAAUGAAAUUGAAUCCCUGGAAAACUUGUAUCCUUUAAACUAUGACCUAUGUAAUAACCAAAAUAUUUAACAGGCUAGUAGGCUCCAUUUCUGCUGCUCUCUGGGGUCCGGUCUAGUUGCACAGGCUCAUUUCCCAAACAGGAGCCGAAAGGUAUGGUCAAACGGGUAACAAAAACUUUCAACUUGUUUUGCUACGAAAUGAGUUGAAAAAUAAUUUUUGUGCAAGUUACAUGAAUACAGACUUUUAAAUUGGAUAAAAAUUCGCGGUAGUCACACCAUACGCGAAAUUUACGUCUCUUGCUGCAAAACAAGUUUGCCUUGGGCAGGUGAAAAGCGCAACAUGUUUCCUUUUCCCUACUGCGCGCGUGGCCUCUCAUGUGGAGAGCUAUAUCACAGGCUAUAUCUGUUUUGGGUAUCCGUGCAUAUCACUUAACGGAGACUGCGCUUUCUCCAUCUUUGUGACUGUCGUUUUAUCCUUGAUGUACCCUAGUUAUCGUGACCAAUUCGCCAUGCUAUCUGAAGGUAUCGCUCGUGAGAGGUUCGAGAUGGAAGUACGCGAAAAAGCGCAGGAAAAGGUGAGUUAUUUUUCAGUUUUGUUGCUUUUGUUCACAUCAGCUAAUCCUUGAAAAUGAGAAUUACUGGAAUUAGAGACGUUAAAGCCCAUUUCCGAGCUACCCUGUCCCUAGUGUACAACCACAAAUAUGAAGCAAAGCGAAUGAAAAGGGCAUUUGGACUCAUUUUGAAACAUAAAGAGGACGUCGUAAUCCGUAAACGACCUGUUUUUCGUUGUUGUUGCGUUAAAUUGAACGCCCACGUGGUGUUUGGGAGGUCAUAGGUUCGAAUCCUGUCGGUGACUCAGAUCGUGACAUGCUGAUUAUUUCAUUUUCACAUUUGUUUCACCGAGCUUAAAAUUUACCAUCUUUCAUUCUUUCAUUGAACGAUAUUGUUCAGUUACAAAGAGUACAAACUGAACACCACGAUUAGUGUGUGGUGAAAUGUACCGGGAGCCAAUCUCUUUUCUUCUCGCUCCAGCGGGGAGGGAAGAAGAGAGACCCUGGGGACCAACUUGGCCGAAAGCAUGUGUAAUAAACUUUUUAUAACCGUGCAUCAUUGCAUUUUAGGUGUUACGUCAAAUGCGGAAAGAGUUACGUCACAAGCUGGAGCGUGACGUCAAGGAAUUCCAGGACAACCUACAGCGUGACGAGGAUUCUGCCUACUUCAGACAACUGGAGGCCGAUAGAUUGCGAGGAAAAUUUCAACUUGCAACUCGCAGCGCAUUCUACUAGAAACUUUUCUCAUUUCUCAUAAUAUAAACAGAUACAAAAAGAAGGCAUUCAUAUAAAUAUAACUUCCAAAAUGAGCGGACGUUUUCAAAAAGUGGAGACUGAUAAAUAUGCUGCUUCUGCAGGAAACACGAGAAUUCCUCACUUCAGAACUCUAGGAAGAAUGGGUACAAGCGUUGGGUACAGGGGGACAAGCGUUAGCUAUGAAUGGUCGGUGGUAUCCAAGACAACCAUUAAUCAAUCAUAAAUAACGCCUGUCCACCCAAACGAUCCCAGAAAUCGUUGCGCCGAAAGCUUGUACCCAUUCCCUUUAUAGUUCUGGAAUGGGGAAUUGGGAGAAGUCCCUCGUCCCUGGGAUCUUAGUUCUGUCUUUGCCCAGUCCUUACAGCUUAUUACGAUUCCAUGCUUUCCCAAUCAUCGAUAAAUUGACAUUAAGAGAUCAUUUUGAGUGGCGGAAAGAAAAAAAAAACAAUUUAUUGUAUAUAAGUGAAUUGCAAGCUCCACUGCGCUCUGAUUUCGUUAUCGACAAUUUCCUGGUUGCUACGAUAUUUUUUUUCUUCUAGUGUUCCCUCAUAGUGUAUAGUAUGGCGUUAUUGUGAGAGCCGCGGAAGCUAAAAAGGCUCUGUUUAUUAAAUCUCCUUGUCAAAGAUCUUAUAGCGAGAUAGCAAGUUCUAUACUGCUAUGUACCCUUCUUGGAUAACCAAAAUGGCAUUUAUAGUCCUUCAGUUACCGCCGUAAUGCGUUGCUUCUCUGUUAUCAUUUUUUGCGAGGGGCGGGUCUCCUGUCAGAUAAAAUAAAGAAAACGGAACACAACAAAUACAGAGUUUUGAUGCUUUGUACUUGCUUGAUACGAGGGUUAAGACGACAUAGAGCACGUAAUAAUUAUAGUCCUUCAGCUACCGCAGUAAUGCG